AUGAAAUUCUGGAAAUAUUCUACCAAUGCUUUAGCUACUUUGUUAGCCAUUGUUUCUUUAACCAAUGCUGGAGGUCCAGCUGAUGGUGACGCCGUUGCUGAUCCAAACAGUGCUGUUGUCAAAUUGACUUCAGAAAACUUUGCUGCAUUCAUUGAAGAAAAUCCAUUGGUUUUAACCGAAUUCUUUGCCCCAUGGUGUGGAUACUGUAAAAUGUUGGGACCAGAAUUUUCCAAAGCUGCUGAUAGUUUGAAUGAAUCCCAUCCAAAGAUCAAAUUGGCCCAAAUUGAUUGUACUGAAGAUGAAGCAUUAUGUAUGGAACAUGGUAUCAGAGGUUACCCAACCUUGAAGAUCAUCAGAGAUGGUGACAACAAGGCUGCUGAAGAUUACCAAGGUCCAAGAGAAGCUGAUGGUAUUGUUGAUUACAUGAUUAAACAAUCCUUGCCACCGGUUUCUACUCCAGAAUCAUCUGAAGAUUUAAUUGCCUUGAUUGAAGAACAAACCAAACCAUUUGUUUUACAAAUCAACCCAACUGCUGAAGGUAACACUACUUUCUACAAAGUUGCUAACCAAAAGAGAAAAGAUUAUCUUUUUGUUUCUGUUGAAGACAAGAGUAUCAUCAAGGAUUUGAGCAAGAAAUUCAAGACUGUUGAUAUCACUGGUAAGAAACCAAGUUACUUGGUUGUCCAACCAAACCAAUUCGAUGAUGCCGCCAAAUUUGAUAACAAAAAUACCUUGGAUGCUGAUUCAUUGAUUGAAUUUAUUGGUGUUGAAGCUGUUCCAUACUUUGGUGAAAUUAACCAACAAACUUACAUGACCUAUAUGUCUUCUCCAUUACCAAUUGCCUACUACUUCUACAACACAGCUGAUCAAAGAGCUGAAGUUGAAGAUUCUUUGACUAAAUUGGGUAAGAAAUACAGAGGUAAAUUGAACAUUGUUGGUUUAGAUGCUAGUAUGUUUGGUAGACAUGCUGAAGUCAUCAACAUGGACCCAGAAAUUGUUCCAUUGUUUGCUAUCCACCACAUUGGUGACAACAAGAAAUACGGUGUUAACCAAACCGAUUACCCAGAAGGUCCAUCCACUGAUGUCAUUGAAAAGUUUGUCGAUGACUAUUUUGAAGGAAAAUUGAGCCCAAUCAUUAAAUCUGAACCAUUGCCAACUGAAGAAGAAAAGAAGACCAACCCAGUUGUUAAAUUGGUUGCUCACAACUAUAAAGAAAUUAUGGAUCAAACUGAUAAGGAUGUUUUCGUUAAAUACUAUGCUCCAUGGUGUGGCCACUGUAAAAAAUUGGCCCCAACCUGGGAAGAAUUAGCUGAAAUUUUCGGUUCUAACAAGGAAGAUGCUAAUGUUAUUGUUGCUGAUAUUGAUCACACCAACAAUGAUGUUGAUGUUCCAUACAAUAUCGAAGGUUAUCCAACCUUGUUGAUGUUCCCAGCCAACGGUAAAAUUGAUGAAAAGACUGGUUUGAGAGAACCAAUUGUUUUCGAAGGUGCCAGAGAAUUGGAUAGUUUGAUUUCUUUCAUCAAAGAAAAAGGCGCUUUGGGUGUUGACGGUGUUGAAUUAAAGGCUAAAUUAGAAGAAGCCAAAGAAGCUGCUGAUGGAGAAGAAGCCAAAGAAGUUGAAGAAGAAGAAGAAGAAGAUGUUGAACACGAUGAAUUGUAA